ACAGAAAAAUAACUACAAAAAUGUGCAACAAAAAUCAAUAAGAGAGAAGGAAGAGUCCCCCAAAAGAGAGUGACAAAAGCCACCAGAAGAGAGAGAGAGUGAGCGAGAGAGAGCACUCUCCGGGUGUCUAGUCAAAGGACACAGACAGGCAACACCAGACAGCAACCAAUAGGACAUACAAGGAUCGAAGAGAAACCCUAGAGAAGAGAGGCAGCGAGGAGCAGCACAAUGGCAAUCAACUUCUCGGCCUCGUUUGCGGCCUGCAUAGCGGCAGGCCUGAAGGUGCCCCGCCAGAUCAUGUACUGCAUCACACAGGACACGGGCCAGCCGUACGUUCUCUACAAGGACUCGCAGGACGCGGAGCGCAACGCGGGCGCCCUCGGUGCCAGCGCCGCUCAGUGGGGCAGCGAAAUGUAUCCCAACAUCCAGCAGCAGGCGCAGCAGCAUCUCAACGCCCAGCAGCAGCAGCAGCAACAGCAGGCGCAGCAGCAACAGAAUGCGGCACAGGCGGCUGCCCAAGCGGCCGCAGCGGCGGCAGCAGCGGGCCAGCCCCAGAGUCCGCCGGGCGGUGGACAGGAGCCGCGCGACAAUGGCAGCGGCGAUGGUCGCCAGCAGCAGGUGUCGCCCUCGUCCAGUCCGUACCCCACGGUGCAGCAGCAGCAGCAACAGCAGCAGCGGGCGAAUGCCGGCGGCGAGGAUGAUGCCAUGAACCAGGUGAGUGGCGGAAUCGCUGCCCGGAAACCAACAUCUCACCUGCGCUUCCCCUUGCAGCUUCAGCAAAACUCCGCGCCAAAUCAAAACCAAAGCAGCAACGAUCCACAGCACUCCGGCUCGAAUCCCGGGGAGGCGGGCAAUCCGCAUGUGCAGCAGAACGGGGCCGGCGGCGGACCACAGGGCGAUCCCAGCAAUGGCUUCCAGACGCCCGACUACUAUGCACCGAGACAUGCGGCGCCGCAGGGCGGAAUGCUGGCGCCACCAGGCUUCCCGCCGCUUCACUAUCUGAACAAGAGCGUCCUGCCGAUGGAGCAGAACGGGGCAGGAGGCGGCGGCGGCGGCGGCGGCGGCGGCGGAGGAAGCGGUGGUGGCGGCGAGGCCUACUCGCUGCCGGAGCUGCUGCCGGGCCAACAGAAUGGCCAGCAGAACGGCAACGGUGGACCGGCGAAUGCGAAUGCCAAUGAAGGCGCCGCCGCAGCCAAUGGAGGAGGAGGAGCGACGGGUGCCGGUGUGGGGGCGGUCAGCGGUGUGCCCACGGGCGGUCGAACGGGCAACGGUCCCGGGCGUCCGCACAAGAACAAGCCGCACAGCGAUCUGCGGCUGUUCAAGUGCCUCACCUGCGGCAAGGACUUCAAGCAGAAGAGCACACUGCUGCAGCACGAUCGCAUACACACGGACGCACGGCCCUUUCCAUGCUCGGAGUGCGGCAAGCGCUUCCGCCAGCAGUCGCACCUCACACAGCACCUGCGCAUCCAUGCCAACGAGAAGCCCUUCACCUGCCCGUACUGCUCGCGCAGCUUCCGCCAGCGGGCCAUACUCAAUCAGCACAUACGCAUCCAUUCGGGUGAGAAGCCCUUCGCCUGCCCCGAGUGCGGCAAGCACUUUCGCCAGAAGGCCAUCCUCAAUCAGCAUGUGCGCACCCACCAAGAUGUCUCGCCACACCUCAUCUUCAAGAAUGGGCCACACCCGACGCUGUGGCCCUCGGAUGUGCCCUUUCCGGGCGAGGAGAACGACACGAAGGGCGACAUUGCCGGCGCUGGUGCCGGCUACCACGAUGAUGACUCGCAGGGCACGCCCGAUGGCAGCGGGGGCAUGCAUUAUCCGUCGUACUUCAAGGACGUCAAGGAUCAUCCCGCAGGUCAAAAGAUACUGCCCGAGGUGCUGCAGCACAUCGGCGUGCGUCCGGCGAACAUGCCUCUGUACGUGCGCUGCCCCAUCUGCGACAAGGAGUUCAAGCAGAAGACGACGCUGCUGCAGCACGGCUGCAUACACAUCGAGUCGCGGCCGUACCCGUGUCCGGAGUGCGGCAAACGCUUCCGCCAGCAGUCGCAUCUCACGCAGCAUCUGAGGAUUCACACGAACGAGAAGCCCUUCGGGUGCAUGUACUGUCCGCGCUUCUUCCGCCAGCGCACGAUCCUCAAUCAGCACUUGCGCAUCCACACCGGCGAGAAGCCCUACAAGUGCACCCAAUGCGGCAAGGACUUCCGGCAGAAGGCCAUUCUGGAUCAGCAUACGCGCACCCACCAGGUAGGCGAUCGACCGUUCUGCUGCCCCAUGCCCAACUGCCGGCGACGCUUUGCCACCGAGAACGAGGUGACCAAACACAUUGACAACCACAUGAAUCCCAACACCACCAAGGUGCGUCGCCAGCAGCAGCAGCAGCAGCAGCAUCAGCAGCAGCAUCAGCAGCAACAGCAACAACAGCAGCAGCAGCAGCAGCAGCAACCGACGGCGCCCCAACAGCAACAUCAUCCGCCGCCCCCACCGCCACCCACCUCGUCCGCACAUCAUAUCACGGCAGCAGCAGCGGCAGCGGCGGCGGCGGCAGCAGCAGCGGCCUCGCCCACCUCCACGCACGCCUCCUCGGUGGCGGCACCACAAACGGUGACGCUCUCGAUCACGCUGCCGCCACCGCCGACGUCGCAUCCGCCGCACCCAGGGCAUCCGGGACAUCCGGGUGUGCCCGGAAACGGAGGAGGUGCGCCCCCACCGCCGCCCACACUGACGCAUGCGAUACCCAUCCAUCCCCACAUACACUCGAUAUUCGGAUCUCUAUGAUGUCAUCAGUAGGAAGAGGAGAACAGAGAGAGAGGAGCAGUAGGAGCAGGACUGCUGUAGAGGAAAUCAAAAUUGAGAGAAAAACACACACUCACACACACACACUAUUCACAGUAAUCGAUAGGUUCGAUAGGUUCGAUAGGUUCGAUAAGUUCUAUAGAUUGUAGACGCAUACAAAUUCUCUUAGUUUUUAAAACUAAUCUUUAAACUUAAAGCCACAAAACCGAGUUUUGGCAAGAGGAGCUGCAGGAGCAGGAGCAGGAGCAGAGCAAGAAAAGAUCGGAAGCAGAUCAGCAGUAAAAACAGGACCGAGUACUAGUCUUUUCGAAAAGGACUCUAAACUCCUUUGAUUACGAACCAUGAACAUCAAAUGCAAAUGGUGAACGAUUGGGCGAGCUAAACAAAAAAGAGAAGCGCGAAUGAGAACCAAACACACAACGUUAUACGAUUCCUUGUUUGAUAAUUUCGUUUAAGGACCCACACACACACACCACUUAAGACUACCAAUACAUCAAAUAUUUAUACACACAAACAACACACAGAAGUUCGUCAGAGCAGGAGCAGGAUGAAGCAUAAUUACGGGAAACAAUCGACAAGAGUUAUACGAUUUUAGGCGUACCAAUUAGCAUACAACUCAGAUAGAGUGACAGAGGGAUAAUGGAAUGGAAACGAAUAUGGAAUGCAGGACAGUGAGAGUGAUACGGAGCGAUAGAUAGGGCAGCUAUAAAGAUGAGCAGAGAGAGAGAGAGAGAGAGAGUGAGAGAGAGGCGCUGAGCAAUUUGUUUUUGAUUUCGUUCUCCAGAUAUUUGUUGAAGUAUUCGAAUUUUUGUUAAAUGAGUAUGGACAAAAAGAAGGAAAAACCAACCCUUAUUAGAAACUUCUAAUUUCUUUUCAAUUGACAAUGUGAUUUUUGUAUAUGCAUGUAAAACGGCAAUCUAUCGUAUAAUUAAUUAUACAAUGCAACGAGCAGAAUAAGUUUUGUGGAAGGAAACCUUAGUGCAGUGAACUUAGGCUUCAUUUGUUGUCUUCCCCCCACCCAAAACUAAUUGUGUGUAAUUUAUGUUGAGUUAUUAUUUAGUGAGAGUAAUUAGGCAUACGUUUUAAACCCAAAUAUGUCCACACACAAACGAACCACAGGCAGAGGUAGAGAAAGAGAAGAGAGGCGGACAUGGGAUGCAAUUUCAAAUGUGACUCUUCGGGUGCCAUACAAUCGAGCAAUAGUCAAAGAAAAAGAUACAAAUAUCAACUGAAAACAGCAUCUGAAACAACACUAAACUAUCCCUGACAAAACCCCAACCGAAAACCCCACUGUGUGGAUAUAGAUGACAAAUUUAGUUUCAUAUCAAAUUUUUCCAAUGUACCGUCAAAGCAUUUAUGAUUGUUAUUAAUCUUAUAGAAAGGAUGGAAAUAUCGCAGAAAAUUAACUCUAGUUUAGUCGUUUCAACCCUUUUGCAAGUAUCUACUCAUUAUUUAAUACUAUUUAGUGUUUAGCCAAUUAAGUUGAGAGAGAGACAGAGAGAGAGAAGCAGAGAAAGUGCGCUCGGGCAUACGAUUUGUUUUCACUGUUUUUAGGCAUACAGAAGAAUUAUCAAUUAUGUUUGCAUAUUAUUAUUAUUUAAUGAUUUC